UUUUCCACAGCGCAGCUGGUGACGGUGCGGGUCGGGUCUGGUAGGAUCAGGUCGGUUAAAGCGUACCAGGCACAAAUCACGUGUCGCGUUUCCAUUGGAGGGGUUACGGCUGUAAUGUAGGCGGGGUUAUGAGUGUGUGCGUCACCACACAGGAUGUGACGAGUAACGCGCUUGCAAAGGCGGGAGAAAUUGUGGAAGAGUUUUGCGGAGACCCGCCAUUGUCCACUGAAGAAGAGUUUUGCGGAGCAGUAUGGACGACAUCAUCGGCGCUGUGUUUUUACUCUGUGCGUUCUACUACCUGGCUAAAACAAGACAGGCUGUAUUAGAAAGAAGGGUCCAUGAGGCUCGGAGAGAUGCUGCAAUUAAAAGGGAGAGAGUAGCGGACAUGAUCAGGCGGAUGGCGGAGAGUUCAGACGAGGAGGCAAGCACCGGCUCCAGCACCGACUCCAGCACCGACUCCAGCACCGACUCCAGCACCGACUCCAGCUUUGAGGAGAGAUGCGAGCAGGAGAGGCGCGAGCGGAAAAGACUCGUCCUGCGAAGAGCGCACUGGGAAAGAGAGCAAUGCAGAAGAAGGCAACGCAACAGGGUGAUCCAGGCAGUGCUGCAACGUCGACGCCGCAGGCCCACCACUUGGGCUUUCAGUCGAAGCAGCGACUGGUGGGACGUCAUUGUGCCUGGCUUCACAACCGCUCAGUGGGUCCUAAACUUUCGCAUGUCAGAAGACACUUUUCAACACUUGUGUGAAAAGGUGCGUCCGGCUAUGGAGAAACAAAACACCACCUUCCGCGCAUGUGUCCCGCUGCGGAAAAGGGUUGCUGUUGCGUUGUGGAAACUGGCGACCAACGCUGAGUACCGGAGCAUCAGCCACCUUUUCGGUGUCAGCAUCACCACUGUGUGCCGCUGCGUGCAGGACUUCUGUGAUGCUGCGCGUGAGCUGUUGGUCCCGGAGCUCAUAAAGUUUCCCGACCUGCACACCCUGCAAGACAUGUCAGCGUACUUCCAUAGCCGGUGGGGGCUCCCGCAGUGUGUGGGUGCUAUUGAUGGGUCACAUAUUCCCAUUAUCGCACCACAAGACUUCCACUGCGAUUAUUUCAAUCGCAAGGGCUGGCACUCCGUCAUCCUCCAGGCGGUCGUGGAUGGGAGAGGUCUCUUCUGGAGUGUGUCAGCUGGGAUGCCUGGCAGUGUGCACGACGCGCGUGUACUCAGACUGUCCUCCUUCCAGGAACUGGUGGAUCACGGCAGCCUGUUCCCCACACGCACCAGAGACAUCGGUGGGGUGGAUGUGGGCUACUACAUCCUGGGAGACUCUGCCUACCCGCUGCAGAGGUGGCUGAUGAAACCGUUCCUGGACACCGGGCGGCUGACAGCAGGUCAGCAGCUGUUCAAUCGAAAGAUCUCCAGGGCCCGGGUGGUGGUGGAGAACGCCUUCGGAAGGCUGAAGGGCAGGUGGCGCUGCCUUUUGAAGCGUAAUGACAGUGACCUCACGCUCGUAAAGUCAAUGGUGCUGGCAUGUUGUGCUCUGCACAACCUCUGUGAGAGCCAUGGCGAGGACUUCAACAAUGAGUGGAACCUCACUGUGCAGGCUGGUGCUGCAGCAGAGCCUGAGGUGGCCCUGGGCCAGAUUGCAGAUGAAGACGGAAAAGAUGUGAGGGAGGCACUGAUGCUUCACCUCAGCUCAUAAAGUGUAUAUACAUUGUGAUGCGUGUGUGUGUUGAACCCUUCCGCUGUGUCACUCGAAAGACGUGUGUU